CAUCCGAGCUCUUAUCUUCCCCAGUUUGGGUUGUCGUUCACUGCAUUGUCACUGCUGAUCCGAUUGGAGCUGGGACUGUGAGACACGCCUGUAACAUGAUACUAAUAGCCCUGCAGGAACGGACUCGCUGCUAGAAAACCCCUCAGCUUCGAAGCCUUUUCGCAGGCCAUUACCAUCCUCUUGGCUUCUCAGGCUCUUAGUUAUGCCAGUGAACAGUAGCUACUACCCACUGCCGAACGGCGCCAAUGGACAUCCUCCUAGAAGCCCUCCACCAUUCAACCGGUCUUUCAAACUGAGUCACUUCCCCCAGUCGUCAGUUGGGGACGAGCAGUCCAGUUCGACGCUUAACCCUGGAGUUGUCAUGGACGGGGGAACUAUGGUCAGCGAGCCGACCCGGCACCCAGAUCUUUGGUUCUGCGAUGGAUCGAUUGUUCUCAGGGCAGAGAAUACUCUCUUCCGCGUCCACAAGUCACUCCUUGCACGUCACUCUGGUUUCUUCCACGAUCUAUUUACUCUCCCACAACUGGUCGCCAAGGAUCCCUCGUCGCCGCGUGCAAUUGCUACGCCCAACGUCGAUCAUGCCGGGGACAUAGAGGGUUGCCAAGUGCUUGCUUUGCAUGAUGCCGCAGAAGACGUCGCGAAUCUACUUACAGCACUCGUUGACGGACCAAAUUUCGGACAAAACGACCCUGCCGAUUUUGAGCUCGUGUCUGGUAUCUUACGACUCUCUACGAAAUAUCUGGUGGACUCUUUACGAGAAAAGGCACUCGACCACCUCGCGGUGGCUUGGCCGACUACACUCAAGGGCUGGGAUGCCCGCGAAGAUAUUGCCCGGGCCCAGGAACUCCGGGAUGGGUCUGCGGCGGUUAGGAUAUAUCCAUCCCCGAUCGCUGUGAUCGACCUGGCCCGAGAAGUCAACGCGCCUACUCUACUCCCGUCCGCGUUCUACGACCUUUCCAGAUAUCACUUUACGCAGAUUUUUGAUUACGGAGAGUCCUUUGACGAGUCCGCAUGGCGGUGUCCAUUGUCAACUGCAGACAUGCAGCGACUCGCGUUAGGGAAAGAGGCGUCACAGCAUGCCGUCACCACGCUCAUCAGGUCCAUGAGUUCCCUCUCCCACUCACUUCAUGGCCACCCUCUUGGUUAUCACUCACACACGCACAACCACGUGCACCGUACAUGUAAACGCGAUUUCGCGGAACUAGUGGCUCUCGCGACACAACAUUAUCUUUUUGAUCACGAACGUGGAUGUAUGGAUCCUUUGUAUGUUGCAGAGGAGCUUGGACAGCCGUUGUAUGAUUUGGGACAGCCGAUAGCGACGGACGAUUAUGGCCGUUUUGGGGGCUCGCGGCGGGGGAUCGAGCAGGCUGAGUGUCAAGCAUGUGCACGAGCCCUAGAGUUGUGGGCAGCGAGGGAGAGGGAACGGAUGUGGAAGAUGAUUCCAUUAUGGUUCCGUCUAGACAUCUGAGUUGCUGGUCUGGCACGGGUUGCCAUGUAAUUGUAGAUACCCCGUACCGCUGCAGUAUUUCAUAUUUGUAUAAGCAAUGUGUAGAACAUAAUAUUCACGUCGACUUACUGCAAUCGCACUAGUGCCCUGGGACGCGAGAGC